UUGUAUUUUUGUCGUAGUGUGUCGUAGCACAACACUAGUAACACACUUUUCGUUGCUUUUGAGUUUUGAGUGUUGCGUGCAUACUCGUCCCGCUACUCUACUGUUGACCUUGCUUACCGACGUCCCUCCCUUCUUAGUAGUUAAGUGAAAUAAUAACAAUUAAAAAUAAAGUUUAACUAAAAAAAAAAUAACUUAUCGUGCUUCGUCUAUUCAUUGACCGUGAUCCGUGACCUCUAAGAGGUCGUUCUGUAGGUACUAUCUUCAGACUCGCGGUUUUAAAAUAGAGCGAAACAGCGUACACUCUUGCGGUUGCUCAAUUGAUAGCUGAUCGAACUACUGACAGUACGUUACUGUUUAGUGUUCGUCGUCAAUUACCAUUGAUCCACCAGGACUCUGCUAGCUGAACAUGAUUAAAUAGUCGCACGUUAACAUUGUAUAUAAAUAUAUUUAAAUUAUCAGUCCUCUUCCCGUGCUUAAAAGCCCAAAUUGUUGUCAGUUUGUUCGUUUACACUGAACAUAAUGGAGGAAGAUCAAAAGAGAUUCAUUGAACGGGGUUCUCACAAGGGAAAAGGACUUGCUGUUUUCACCAGCGGGGGUGAUUCACAAGGUAUGAAUGCGGCUGUCCGUGCAGUUGUUCGUAUGGCUAUAUACCUUGGCUGCAAGGUGUUUUUCAUUAAAGAGGGUUACCAAGGUAUGGUGGAUGGCGGAGAUAACAUAGAAGAAGCUAAUUGGUCUUCGGUGUCAUCUAUAAUACAUAAGGGUGGUACUGUUAUUGGCUCAGCACGAUGUAUGGAUUUCAAAGAACGUGCAGGACGAGUAAAGGCUGCUUGCAAUCUGGUUAAACGAGGAAUUACAAAUUUGGUAGUCAUUGGAGGUGACGGUUCUCUAACUGGAGCCAAUCUAUUCAGACAAGAAUGGUCUAGUCUUCUAGAUGAAUUAUUACAGACUUCACAGAUUAAUAAAGCAGAACGUGAAAAAUAUGGACAUUUAAAUAUUGUCGGAAUGGUUGGUUCUAUUGAUAAUGAUUUUUGUGGUACUGACAUGACAAUUGGUACGGAUUCUGCAUUACAUCGCAUUAUGGACGCAAUUGAUGCUAUUGUGUCAACAGCCUAUUCGCAUCAGAGAACAUUUAUUAUGGAAGUAAUGGGACGUCAUUGCGGGUAUUUAGCUUUGGUUACGGCAUUGGCGGCAGAAGCCGAUUUUGUGUUCAUUCCUGAAUGGCCGCCUCAUCAAGAUUGGGCGUCGAAAAUGUGUAAAAAAUUGCUACAGGAACGGACAGCGGGACAGCGUUUGAACAUCAUCAUCGUGUCUGAAGGUGCCAUCGACCGUGACGGACAGCCAAUCACUGCUGAGAUGGUGAAACAAGUAGUAGUCGACAACUUGAAACAGGACACACGUAUCACGGUUUUAGGUCACGUCCAAAGAGGAGGUGCACCAUCGGCUUUUGAUAGAGUUUUGGGUUGCAGAAUGGGAGCUGAAGCCGUUAUGGCCUUAAUGGAAGCUACACCGGAAACUGAGGCUUGUGUUGUGUCAUUAGAUGGCAACCAGGCGGUCCGUUUGCCAUUGAUGGAAUGCGUUGAGAAGACCAAAGCCGUUGCUAAAGCGAUGGCGGACAAAGAAUGGGAAUUGGCUGUGCAACUCAGAGGAAGGAGUUUUGCAAGAAAUUUGGAAACGUACAAAAUGUUGACGCGUUUGAAGCCUCCUCGUUCGGCAUUUGAUGAAUUGGGACGUGGAUUGAGUUUAAAUCGACAAGACACUCUGUGGGGUCAGGAAGGUUAUACUCUUGCUGUAAUGCACAUUGGAGCUCCUGCUUGCGGUAUGAAUUCUGCCGUACGUUCAUUUGUUCGGAAUUGCAUCUACAGAGGUGACACUGUUUAUGGUAUUCAUGAUGGUGUGGAAGGUUUAGUUGCAGGAAAUAUUCAAGUAAUGCAGUGGUCCGAUGUUACUGGCUGGGUUGGCCAAGGUGGUGCAAUGUUAGGUACAAAGCGUACUCUUCCUGAAAAAAGAAUGCCGGAAAUUGCAGCAAGGCUCAAAGAGUUCAACAUCCAAGCACUUUUGAUAAUUGGAGGUUUUGAGGCAUACCAAGCUGGAAUUCAAUUAGUUCAGAACCGUAAAAAUUUCCCAGAAUUCUGUAUACCAAUGGUUAUAAUACCAUCAACUAUUAGUAACAACGUGCCCGGUACAGAAUUUUCAUUAGGCUGUGAUACUGCUUUAAAUGAGAUCACUGAGAUUUGUGAUAGAAUUAGACAGUCUGCUCAAGGUACUAAGCGACGUGUAUUUGUUAUUGAAACUAUGGGAGGUUACUGUGGAUAUUUAGCUACUGUUGCCGGUCUAGCUGGUGGUGCUGAUGCAGCUUAUAUAUAUGAAGAAAAAUUUACUAUAAAAGAUUUGCAAAACGAUGUAUAUCAUAUGGCUUCCAAGAUGGCAGAAGGUGUUCAACGUGGUUUGAUCUUAAGAAACGAAAAAUGUAGUGAGAACUACAACACUGACUUUAUAUUUAGACUUUACACUGAAGAAGGAAAAGGAUUAUUCAGUACUCGUAUGAAUGUUUUAGGUCAUAUGCAACAAGGAGGUUCACCUACUCCGUUUGAUCGUAAUAUGGGUACAAAGCAAGCAGCAAAAUGUGUGGAAUGGCUUGUAGAAAAAUUGAGAGAAUCUACUAGACCUGAUGGAACAAUUUAUACAGAUAAUCCAGAUACAGCAGCAAUGAUGGGUGUAAUAAGACGACAGUAUCGUUUCACACCUUUAACUGAUUUAUUGCCUCUCACCAAUUUUGAGCAGCGUAUAGCUAAAACUCAAUGGUGGUUGAAAUUGAGACCACUCUUACGUAUACUCGCUAAACACGAUAGUGCGUAUGAAGAGGAAGGUAUGUAUAUAACAGUUGAAGAAGGACUUGAAGCAGAUACACUGUUGGCUUAAACAAACAUUUUACUGAUCGUAUAUGUUUUAACUGAAACUGUUAUUUUUCUCCGAAGAGUGUGCAAGUAUAUUAAUAAUGACUACAUUUAAAUUAAAAAAAAAACACAAAAAAAUCAUUUAAUUAAUAUUUAUUAUAGUUUAUACAUUAGUAAACACUCUAGUCAUCAAGUGUAAAGUAGGUAAUACUUAUAUCCUCGGCAAAUUAUUUACCAAUAUUGAAACUAUUAUAAUAAUGUUUGUUAACUACGUUUAGACUGUUUUUAGAUAAAUAUUUGUGUUUAUCAGAACAAUGCUGUCUAGUUUAAUGUUUAAACGAGAUGAUAAAUAUAAAAAAAAUAUUACUCAAUGUAAUCAAUUAAUUUGUUAUUAACGUAGCUAAUUGUUUUCCAAAUAUUUUUCAUUAUAUUAUACAAAUAUCUGAUAACUACUACUUAACAUUAAAAAAUUAAGCAUUAGCUAUUUUAGAUUAGGAUUUUUUUUUUUAUUGUAAAAUAAAAUCAUAUCAAUUUGAUACUACAAGUUUUAAACAAAAUAAAGAUUAUACAGUUCAAUGCAAACCAAAUGUGAUUUCAAAUUUCUUCUGUUGUCCUCUUCUAACUAUCCUUUCAAUAGAAACGAUUAACUAUUAAAUAAAAAUAUACAUAAAAUUAUAUACCAAAAAUAAUUUUUGUACAAAUUUGUAUUAUUAUUAAGAUUUAAUAAGUUAUAUUUAUACAUUGUGUAUAAUUAGAAUAUUAUUAUUGACAAAAUAUACUAUUUGUGACGAAU